AUGGCUUACCUCGGAAAAACUUACAAAUUCGUGAAGAAUGAAAACUUCGAUAAAAUCUUAGCUCACUUCGGAGUCCCGGCAGACAAAAUUGAAGCUUUACUGAAGUUGAAACCAACGCUGAAAUUAGAAAAGAGCGGUGACAGCUACGUCCUUACCACCGUCGACUCAUCAACCAAAGAACUGAAGUUCAAAGAAGGAGUUGAGUUCGAAGAAAACCUUACAGAAGAACUUGUUGCAAAGUCGACAUUCACCUUUGCAGGCGACGUUGUUACACAAGUUCAGAAAUUUGAAGAUGGUCGUACUGUCACUAUUAAAAGAACAUUUAAAGGCGAUGAACUUGUAGCGGAAAUCACAGCAAGUUCUUGGGAUGGCAUUGCCCGCAGAUACUACUCUGCCGCUUAACUUUAAUUUCGAUCAAGUUUGUUAUAUAAUUCUAUUAUAACAUUUAAUAAAUUAAAAUUUCAGAUAA